GUCAGGCAAAGUUAUUACAGUAUUAAGUUAUACUGUAAAUUUCAUGUCAUGUUAAACCCUCUUUAGUCUCUCCUUUUCUUGUAAUGAAAAUUGUAUUUAUAUUUAUUAAUCAAGUUAGUUAACCUUUCACAGCCAUCUUACAAUGUCUUAUGAAGAUGAAUAUCCUCUUCACAAGAGUGUUUUCAUUAAUGAUCUUAAACGGAUUCCCCAGCUUCUCAAACCACGUUAUAUAAAUGCCAAAGAUGUUCAUGGUAAUACGCCGCUUCACUUAGCUGUUAUGCUUGGCCACAAGGAAUGUAUACAAUUGCUCCUCGCCCAUGGAGCUCCAGUCAAAGUGAAAAAUAACCAAGGAUGGAGUCCACUAGCUGAAGCAAUUAGCUAUGGGGAUCGACAGACAAUUACAUGUCUGCUCAGAAAACUGAAAAAACAAUCAAAAGAAGCCAUGGAAAUUCGUAGACCGGAUAUUGUACGUGCUCUUAACCAAAUGGGAAAUUUCAGUAUGAAAUUGAAAUGGGAUUUUCAAAGUUGGGUACCUCUAGUCUCCCGUUAUUUGCCAUCUGAUGUCUGUAGGAUCCAAAAGAAAGGUUGCAAUAUUCGUUUAGACACAACUCUAGUCGACUUUAGUGAUAUGAAAUGGGAACGGGGCGAUAUAAGUUUCGUUUUCAUCGGUGAUGCUAAACCAUCACACUCUCUGACUGUCAUGGAUAACAAAAUGAAAGUAUAUCAAAGGCUACGUUAUGAAGAAUCCGAAGUAGAAAUCGAAGAUGAGGUUGAUAUUUUGAUGUCACAAGAUAUAGUUGCUGCUCAAAUGUCAACUAAAAGUAUAACCUUUACACGAGCACAGUCAGGAUGGCUGUUUCGUGAAGAUAAAACUGAAAUGGUUGGACCUUUUAUGGCUGAUUUUUAUUACAUUGGAGGUCUUUAUCUGGAAUCUAGAAAACGAAGAGAACAUUUAACAGCAGAAGAUCUUCAGCGAAAUCGAGCUAUGGUUGAAAAUUUUGCUCAUGGAGCAGUUACCGGUUCUAUAGCUAUCGACCCUUACCUCGAACCUCCUCCAAGAAGACGAUCACUUCCUCCACCACCUAAAUGUACCGUUUCUUGGGAGGAAUAUAUAAGUUCUCCCCCUGGUGAACCCCCAAAUCUUGGACGAGAAAUAAAGUGCAAAGGAAGCGUCAAAGGCUACAAAGCAACUCUUGCCAUGGAUGAACAAUUUCCCCUCUCAGUCGAUUCCUUGUUGAACGUUCUGGAAGUUAUCGCGCCAUUCAAACAUUUCAAAAAAUUGAGAGAAUUUGUCCAAAUGAAGUUACCGCCAGGAUUUCCUGUUAAAUUAGAUAUUCCAAUCCCACCAUUUGUGACAUCUCGGAUAACAUUCCAGGAUUUUCAGUUUGACGACAGCCUUUCAAAUGAUCUAUUCGAGGUUCCAAGUGAUUACGUCGAAGAUCCGAACAGAUUUCCUGAGUUCUGACAGUUAUCUGAUAUCUUCUAUCACCGCUUUGAGCUGGUAAAUCCUCCGUUAAAUGAAAAUGCAAAUACUAGCAAAACUACUAACACUACUAGUAAUAGAAGUUUCCCGACAACAUCUUCAUCGUCGACAUCAGCAUCUGCAUCAACAUCAAAAUCAUCACAACCCACAGCAACCUCUGUAUCUUCGAGCAUGAAAAGAUUUGCUUUCUUCUCAAAGCUUUCAAAGCCACGGUUUCUGCGAAAAAGUGAUUCAUAGGGGGAAUUCAUGAUCAUCUAAACAAACUACCAUUUAAAGUAGCAUAGGAGAUAUAUUGAACACUGAAUCUAAAAUAACUUACACUGCACUUAUAGUCAAUCAAACAGUUCAUUCAGUGAAUGAAUUUGAUUGGCAAAACGCAAAGCUAUUAAUAUAUUAGACCUGAGCACGCUUAUUUAUCGUUAUACGAUGUAAAAUUAUGGAAUCUACAAAGAAAUGCUCAUUCAAUUUUACUAAGGUCACUCGAGCAUAUGAAAUUUCAAGUAUUCAUUUAAUCGCAAUUUAAACCACUAUGUUUGAGGUAACCAGGAUUUAAUCAAAUGGUUAAAUCGUUUAAACCCACACUUAAUAUAGACUUUUAUUGGUUUUUUUAAUCUCAUAGUUAAUGGAAACUGUUAACUGUGUAUGCACAGUUAACCUUUAAAAUGUAUUUGGUUAAUAAUUAGGCAAAUUAAAUCAAAUAUUAAUAACAAAAAAUUGCUGGACAUGAAA